GCACUCUUGCUCUAUCUCUUUCCACCAUAGUCCAUACACUCCUUCGUCCUAAAAAGCUUACCCUCUUUUUUUUCCAAAAACAUAUGAUUAUAUAAAUAAUACCCCCCCAAAAAAAAUUUGAUAUGUGGGCUUCUUGGAUCCACUCAAUACAAGUAUUCGUUCACAACACAUAUACCAUUCCAGUCUUUGGGUUCAAAUUCAACUCUAGCUUGUCACCUUAGGACCCAUUUCAAAUCUUCGCUCUUAUUUGAAGCUCACUCUGCUACUCACUUUCUUCUCAAUUCAAUCACUGUUUCAUGGUCGGGAUUGUUGUUUUCUUGGUGGGUUUUUGGUGAAAUGGGAAAUUGAGCUAUUUUCUGAGUUGGGUUUUUGACUUGAUUGAAAAAUAUUUUUGUGUUUCUUGAAUUUGGGUUUUAUUGAUGAUGAUGUCAAUGACGUGCCAUAGUCUUGAGUUUAGUCGAACUGGGUUGGAUUUGGUUGCUUGUGGAUGUUCUUCCAAUGCCUCGGUUGAUCGAUUUUCAGUAAGAAACUAUGCAAAAAAGGGUGUCUGCAGGAGAUCUAACAGAGGCUUUGGGGCUCGCAAAUUGGUGUGUCGCCGGCAUGAGAUUGCUCGGUGUGGCGUUUUCUCUACAGAGACUUCGGAGACUUUGCUGAAUGAAGGUCCUCCACCAGUAUUGGAUGUGAAGGAAGAAAUUAUAAGCCCUAUUGCAGUGGCAAAUUUGUUUCAAGUGGUUGCUGAUGACCUCCAAACAUUGAACAAAAAUUUACAGUCUAUUGUUGGUGCAGACAACCCGGUUUUGAUGUCUGCCGCUGAACAGAUUUUCAGUGCCGGUGGGAAGAGGAUGAGGCCAGCUUUGGUGUUCCUAGUGUCAAGAGCAACAGCAGAAAUUGCAGGCUUGACGGAACUUACCAAAGAACAUAGGCGCUUGGCAGAGAUUAUUGAGAUGAUCCAUACUGCAAGCUUGAUUCAUGAUGACGUAUUAGAUGAAAGUGACAUGCGCAGAGGAAAAGAAGCUGUUCACCAACUUUUUGGUACAAGAGUGGCAGUUCUUGCUGGGGACUUCAUGUUUGCCCAGGCAUCAUGGUACCUUGCUAAUCUUGAAAAUCUUGAAGUCAUCAAGCUCAUCAGUCAGGUUAUUAAAGAUUUUGCUAGUGGUGAAAUAAAGCAAGCAUCGAGUUUGUUCGACUGUGACGUUGAACUUGAGGAGUAUUUGAUCAAGAGCUACUACAAGACAGCCUCCUUAAUCGCCGCUAGCACCAAAGGAGCUUCCGUUUUUAGUGGGGUCGAUAGCGAUAUUAAUGAGCAAAUGUAUCAGUAUGGUAAGAAUCUUGGACUAUCCUUCCAAGUUGUUGAUGACAUUUUGGAUUUCACACAGUCCGCGGAGCAGCUGGGAAAGCCAGCUGGAAGCGACCUGGCAAAAGGGAACCUGACUGCGCCAGUAAUUUUCGCAAUAGAGAAAGAACCGAAACUGAGAGAGCUCAUUGAAUCUGAAUUCUGCGAGAAUGGUUCACUCGAUGAGGCCAUUGAAAUAGUCAAGAGUUGUGGGGGGAUCGAGAGAGCUCGAGAUCUAGCAAAAGAGAAAGCUGAGCUCGCGAUCCAAAACCUUCAGUGUCUUCCUCAGAGCGCAUUUCAAUUAGCACUCGAGGGAAUGGUGAUGUAUAAUCUAGAGCGGAUUGAUUAAAAUGGAGAUAUUUUCUGAAGUAGAAAGUCAUUCUUGAUGGAGGGAAUUCAUUCAAGCAUACAAGAUUGUGGGCUUAAAGAUGAAGAAUGUCAAGCCUUCCACGCAUUAAUAAGUGCCUGUAUGAAUUAGAAGCUUCAUGUGAUUCAUUACAUCUUCAUAAAAAGGUACCACGCUAUAUAUUGUAUUAAAAAUUGCAGCCUUCUUGCGAAUUAACCGAGAGGAGGGAUAUAACAUUCGAUGAUUGUUAUACACUACAAAAGUACAAAUGUUUGAGUUCAUGAACUCUUACCAAAAAAUACUAUUCUUUUUUAGUUAAUAGAACAAUAAAUUUGAGUUGCAUGAUAUAGCAACUUAUGAGUUUUGUCUCCAUUGUGGAUGUUUCAGUUUGCACAUGAACACCUAAUAUAGCAGCUUAUGAGUUUUGUCUC